AUGGCCGAGUGUGCCGCCGUUCCGCUCGGUGUUCGCGCUCAGUCUCACUCCGUGGCUCGACGACUGAAUCUGGCUAGCUCUCUGUCGGUCAAGCGUACCAGGGUUCUUCCAUCGUCUAAAUCUUUCGGUGUGUCUUUCACAGCUUUCUCAAGGCCCGAGGUCGUCAAGACCGAGUCCGCCUCUCGGCUGAAAAUUGUCGCACAAGCCCAGGCAGGUGCUGGCGCUGGUUCCUCUCCGGAGCCCAAGGCAGUGUCAACGACUGAGGCAGAGGACGCGGCUUUCAAGCUUAAGAUUGGUGGAUAUUUUGCACUGUGGUGGACGCUGAACGUUGUUUUCAACAUCUACAACAAGAAAGUGCUCAACGCCUUCCCCUUUCCAUGGCUAUGCUCUACUCUCGCCCUUGCUGCUGGAGUCACGAUCAUGUUGCUCUCCUGGGCGACGCGUCUGGUGGAAUUCCCCGACACAGAUAUGGACUUCUGGAAGACAUUGUUCCCUGUCACUCUUACCGAGCUAAACUUCAACAUGGGAGGCUUUAUGGGUGCCAUGAUCUCAAAUCUGGCAUUCGUUUUCCGGAACAUUUUUUCGAAGAAGGGAAUGAGCUCUGGCAAGAAGGUUGGAGGUCUCAACUACUACGCCUGCCUGUCAAUCAUGUCUCUCAUCAUCCUCAUUCCGUUCGCCAUCUGGCAAGAGGGCUUUCCGAUGUGGACUGCCGGGUGGCAGACUUCUAUCGCGGAGGUUGGGCCAAGAAUUGGGUGGUGGAUUGCGGCUCAGAGCGUUUUCUAUCACCUGUACAAUCAAGUGUCCUACAUGUCGCUGGAUCAGAUCUCACCGUUGACAUUCAGCAUUGGAAACACGAUGAAGCGUGUGUCGGUCAUUGUAGCUUCCAUCAUCAUCUUCAGAACUCCAGUCCGAUUGAUCAAUGGCGUUGGAGCGGCAAUUGCCAUUCUCGGAACGUUCCUGUACUCUCAGGCGAUUGAGGCCCAGAAGAAGGCAGCAAAGGCCAAGGCCGCACCUGCAUCUUAG